AGUGCAAAGGAGAACCGCAGAUGUGAUAGCUGGAGGCACAUUCUGGGUGGUAUCCUCAAGGGCAUUAAUUCAUUUUUGGAGCCCUCCUUGUGCGGGUCACUUGGGACAUUCAGAACAAGUUGUACCUGGCUGUCAUGCUAGCUGCUCUCCCACCCAUGGCUGCCAGUGAAGCAGUACCAGCUGCCCUGCAGGACACAUGGGGGGACUUCUGGCUCUUCCGUUUCUUCAUCAAUGCUGCUGGCUAUGCAAGCAUCCUGGUGCCGGGGUACCUGCUCAUCCAGUACUUCAAACGAAAGAAUUACCUGGAGACAGGCCGUGGCAUUUGCUUUCCUGUCAUUAAGUCAUGUGUCUUCGGUAGCGAGGCCAAGUCUGCACAUCAAGAUGACAUCCCUUUAGCUGCCCGGAGUGAGCCCAUAGAGUCCUCGACAGCCCGGCAAGUUUUCAAGCUGCUCUUCUGUGCUGUUGGCCUCCAGGUCUCCUACCUGACAUGGGGCGUUCUCCAGGAGCGUGUCAUGACCCGGACGUAUGGGGCCACAGAGACAGAGCCAGGUGAGAAGUUCAAGGACUCGCAGUUCCUGGUCUUCAUGAACCGGAUCCUGGCCUUCACUGUGGCUGGCCUGUACUGCGCCCUGACCAAGCAGCCACGCCACGGCGCCCCCAUGUACAAGUACUCCUUUGCCUCACUCUCCAACAUCCUCAGCAGCUGGUGCCAGUAUGAAGCCCUCAAGUACAUCAGCUUCCCCACCCAGGUGCUGGCCAAGGCCUCCAAGGUGAUCCCAGUCAUGCUCAUGGGCAAGCUAGUAUCACGCAAAAGCUACGAGUACUGGGAGUACCUCACAGCUGCGCUCAUCUCAGUGGGGGUCAGCAUGUUCCUGCUCUCCAGCGCCCCCAAUAAGCAUCUCUCCACUGUUACAACCUUCUCGGGCUUGGUCCUGCUGGCUGGCUACAUUCUGUUUGACAGCUUCACCUCCAACUGGCAGGAUGCUCUCUUCACCUACAAGAUGUCCCCCGUGCAGAUGAUGUUCGGGGUGAACGUCUUCUCCUGCCUCUUCACCAUGGGCUCGCUCCUGGAACAGGGUGCCCUGGUGGAGUCGGCCCACUUCAUGGCCCGUCAUUCGGAGUUCGCAGUCCACGCUGUGCUGCUCUCAGUCUGCUCCGCCUGUGGCCAGCUCUUCAUCUUCUACACCAUCAGCCAGUUUGGGGCGGCUGUCUUUACCAUCAUCAUGACCUUGCGCCAGGCCUUUGCCAUUCUCCUCUCCUGCCUCAUCUACGGCCACGCUGUCACUGUGGUGGGCGGUCUGGGUGUGGCUGUUGUCUUUGUGGCUCUCUUCCUGCGGGUCUAUGCCCGCAGCCGCAUGAAGAAGCGCAGCAAGAAGCUGCCCCCUGGCGAUGCACCCAUACAGAAGGUCUAGGGGCUGCGGUGCAGACCAUGCUCUUGCCCCUCUCCUCCCCUCCCCAGAGCACUCACUUUAUUUGUCUCCUCUUCAGGAACCUAUGGAGAGGCAGGGCAGGGAGUUGGUGACUCUUUUUCCUUCCAGCAGCUUUUCCUGGAGAAGGAGCUGGAGUGGGCCCAGCAGCAGGGAGAUGCACUUACAGUUGCUGUGGCAUCUUUCUCCGUUUGCCUUAAAUAGGUCUGAGAAUUUCAGCCCCUGCCCCACCCCCAGAGGUACCCACACCCCAGCCAAGGGAGUGGGAGCUGUGUCUGAUCCCUGUCCGAACUUUCCCCACCCAGAGGGCAGGAGUGUGUAACUCCUGCCCCGGCUUCGCCUGUCUGUUACUUAUGUCUUCUCUGGAAGUUUAUUUAUGAGUGUUAGAGCUUUGCCUCCCAGCCUUAUCUUGCCUCCACCUGCACUCCUCAUUUAUUUUGCCUCUACAGAGCCAGCUACAAGGGAAUAGUAAGAAAACACUAUUUUUUCUUGAAGAAUACCUACAAGUGUGAGGGAAACUCCAGUCCCAAUAUGAGACACUGCAGGGGUGGCAGUGCUGGCUGGGCAGAAGCUCCCACCAACCCCCAGCAGGUGGGCAGGCUCAUCCAGUGGCUGGUGCUAUGUGAAACAGUCACCCCUUCCUUUCUGGCUUGGCUUAUCAGGUCAUUUUGCUUCUUCUGUAUUUUCCACUCUGCACAGUCUAGCCCUGCCCAGCCAACCCCAAGGUAGAGAAAUCUGCAGGCUCCAUGCCCUUCCAGAAAGGCAUUAUGGUCUUUUGUACUGCUUUUCAUUGCCAUCUACUACUCUCACAGUCUCGAACUACAACUCCCAGAAUCCCCUGGGUCCCUUCCAGGUGUUCUUUCUGUGGCUUCUGGCAUUUGUUAUUGUCUCCUAAAGUUCAGAGAAGCACAAAUGCCCUCCUUGUAUUCUCCUCUUCCCGUUUGCAGGAGGUGCCAGUGCCAGCCCUUCCAGGGGCCUGGCUAUGUACACAGUGCACUGGGGCCUGAAAGACAGGACAGAGGCUCACAUGUGGUUUCCUUUUUUUCCCCUUUGCCUGACCAGUGGUUGCAGCUCUCCCACUGGGAUGCAGGGAGCUUGAAGCCUAGCCCUGCGUCAGGGAGGGCUGGGGUUUUACUCUUUUAUUGCUGAUGUGACCUGACCCAUGAUGCAAAAGGGAAAUGGUUUUGGUACUUUUGAAAUGCAACUUUUUUCUCUUUUUAUUAAAUUAAAAAUCUGCUGCAAACUGUGA